UUUCAAGGAUGGCGUCGGUUUCGCGUAUGUUGUUUUUCCUGGUGUUGGUUGCAGUUUUUAUUUACGGAAUUAACUUCUGGCUGAACAACAAGACCUACACUUUCGAUGCCAACUCGGUAGCUGAGAUAUCCAGAAAGCAUGUCGUCACAGCAAAGACAGCGGGACAUGAGGCUGCGUACAGGAAGGUUCUGGAUGAGCUGCGGCGGCGCUACCCCGGACACAUCCUGCCUGACCAGGACCUGCAGUGGGUGUUUGUGAACGCGGGAGGGUGGAUGGGGUCCAUGUGUCUCCUCCACGCAUCCUUCACAGAGUACGUUUUGUUCUUUGGGACUGCCGUGGACACCGUCGGACACUCAGGUCGUUAUUGGGCAAACAUCUCAGACACCAUACUGACUGGCAGCUUCAGACAGUGGAAAGAGGGAACUACUAAGAGCCAGAUGUUCCAAGCUGGUGACACCAUACACCACCUUGCUGGGGACGCCACCUCCGUCCAAUGGACAGCCGGCACCUGGAUGGUGGAGUACGGGCGCGGCUUCAUCCCGUCCACGCUGGGAUUCGCCCUGUCCGACACCGUGUUUGGAACCAACGACUUCAUCACCCUCUUCUACACCGUCAAAGUGUACUUCAAGGCUCUGCUGCUAGAGGCAUCGCACUACAUGGUCUAUCUGGAUGACAUCGGUGGUCAGCUGAAAGACUUCUUCCAGGUGGCUUUUACGUUCACGUCCAAGCAGGCGGCCAUUUUGGCCGACUGGACGGUCAAGAAAGCCAGCUGGCUGGCCACGGUCUCAGUCCAAAAGGUCACCAUAGCUGCUGACCUUAUGGUGAAACAUACAGGCCAUGCUGUAGACUUUACUGUCAGAAAGGUUCAGGAAGGAUCCUCAUACAUGAGGAAAGUGUACUCACACUACACAUCGUAGAGUUCCCCUGUCACGUAGCAUCUUUUUUUAGUCAGCGGCAGGUUUUUAACCAAAACCAUCAACUUGUCAAAUAUUUAGAAACAAUUAAAAAAGACCACCGAAAAUCACUCUCAACCCCACAAUUUACAAUCAAAUGACAGAAGAUUGCGUUUUGGAAGGCUUGAAAAUCCAAAGCUUUUCAGGGGACCAUGACGCCACCCCCCCCCCACCAAACUCCCUUGAUUGCAAGCACCUACACACACACAAACACACCCAAACGGAUCAUGAAUCUGGCAGACAGAAAAGAUUUCCAGCUGACUAGAGCCCUAUCAUAUCAUCGUGACAUCUAG